GUCGACAAUGAUCUUGCUGCCCGUACACAUCGCUUGGGCCAGAGCCGGCGGACCGAUGGGUUCCCGGGCUGUAUUUUCUUCUCGAGCGUGGCCCCGUCUGCAGGGGUUGCCAAGGUUUUUCCACGCAUCUCCCAGCAACCUGGAGCACGCUGGAUCCAAAAAGACUCUCUACCAUGUUCUGGGAAUCCCCCCGUCGGCCUCUCGGAAGGAAGUCAAGGCCAAGUUCUUCGAGCUCUCCAAGCUGUACCAUCCCGAUCGCAACCCCGAGGAUGACGAGGCCCACAAAAAGUUCCUUGAAAUCAAUGAAGCGCAUUCCAUACUUUCCAACGAGCAAAAGCGGGCCGAGUAUGACCGAUCGCUCGACUAUGAAGAGGCAAUUUCAAGCACGUAUCGACAGAGCUCGACUGGAACAGGCCCACGUCGAUCAACAUAUCGCCGGCGCGAGCAAAUGCGACCGGAGGACUGGAUCAUAUUCAGAAACGACCGAGCACAUCAGCGAUAUCAGGCGAAUCCCUACAACUUUACCGAGCACCAGUCACAACACUACGAAGGUAGCGCCAGCCCAAGCGGCCCAACAAGCAAUCAGCACCCCCGCUCGGAGGAGUACUACCGGGGGCUCAAUCAGGCGCGCAAGCUGCAGUUUCGGCUCAUGACGAAUGUGGGAAUGAUCACUUUUGCAGUGUUUUUCUUGUUCCACAUGGGAUAUUUCCACAUGAUCUUCAUGGAUUCCUCAGAUCAGGAUAGUGGGGAAAUAUCGGGUCAAACGGGUCUGGACAUUAUCCGAGCCAACCACGCUAUGGGAUCGUCGCAUCAAGGACCGGUGGACCACGAACACGCAUAGGUACGGUCAAGGCAUGGGCACUCUAUUCACCAAGCAAACAGGACAGUUCCUUCCUGGCUUCAGAUGUCUGAAUCCCGCUGACUGACUGUAGGCCCCAGUGAGCAGGCCGCGAGAUUGUUUCCAGUCCUGGUUGGCAAUCUCUUUGUUUUUGGUUGGUUUGGGAAGCAUGGUCAUGAAUACACGAC